AUGGACAACAGCGCCGCACCGGUGGCGCGCAAGAUGUGUCGUGGAUGCCGCACCGAAAAAGACAUCGGCCAGUUUCAUGACCUUCGCGAGAAUCCUCCACGUAAAUUCGACGAACCCGGCCCCCGAUUCACAGGCGACGACCAGGAGACGCCACUGUUAGCCGAAGACAUGGCGACGAAAAGAGAGUUCGACGAAGCGCUUGCCGCAGAGAAGAUGCAGCGAUGCCUGCGUUGCAAGGAGCGUUGGUUCGACAUCAAACUCAUGGCGGACGGCGGCAUCACCCUGGACAAAGUCUGCGAUAUCUCUGCGCCAGAGUUUGCUUCUGGCCUCUCCUACGUGGCCGUUUCCCGAGUAAAGACACUUGGCGGGCUGAUGUUUGAGCGGCCCUUCGACCGCAGCAGGGUCUAUCGCGAGACACCAUCACGAGCCAUGGGGUUGAAGUUAUUGGAUCACGCUACUAGGCGACUGCAGGCGUUAGAUGCUGUGGCGGGGGUGGAUCCUUCAGAGGAGUUAAGUGGGUUUAUAAGCAGCGACGAGGAGAGUGUAGAGGCAUGA